AUGAAGGGUCGGUUCUUCAACUUUAGCAUAAUUAACGUGCACAGCCCACCUACCGGGAGCGCUGAUCAUGAUAAGGACGCAUUCUACGCGCAGCUCGAGUACGACUACAACAUCUGCCCAAGCUACGACGUCAAAAUCAGAAUAGGAGAUUUAAACGCUCAGGUUGACCAGGAGGAGGAAUUUAGACCGACUAUUGGGAAGUUUAGCGCACAUCUGCUGACGAACUACAACGGUCUACGACUAAUUGAUUUCGCCGCCUCCAAGAAUAUGGCCAUACGUAGUUAUUUUUUCCAGCACAACAUCCCAUGUAAGCACAUCUGGAGGUCACCACAACAAACUGAAUCACAAAUCCACCACGUUUUGAUCGAUGGACGGCACUUCUCUGACAUUAUCGACGUCAGAACCUAUCGUGGUGCUAACAUUGACUCGGACCACCUGGUCAGGGUAAAACUAUGCCCAAAACUCCAAGUCGCCACAACAUACGCGCAGAAUCUGGAGGCAGCGUUGCCGUAUGAGGGUGCGCUCUAUGGGGCCUCGCUUGAGGACUGCUGGAACGUUAUCAAAGCAGCCAAAAACACAGCUGAAAGCGUUGUCGGGUAUGUGGAACGGUCAAUGGAACGACUGGUUCGACGGGAAGUUUAG